AUGAAGACUCAAGUUUACAGCAUGUUCGCUCUGGCAGCGGCCGCUAAGCUUGCCAACGCCCACGCCACUGUUUUCGCCGCGUGGAUCAACGAUGAGGACCAGGGCCUCGGCAACUCUGCCUCUGGCUACAUCCGCAGCCCCCCCAACAACAACCCCAUCACUGAUGUCACCUCCUCCAACAUGGCCUGCAACGUCGGCGGUACUACCGCUACCGCCAAGACCCUCGAGGUCAAGUCCGGCGACAAGUUCACCUUCGAGUGGCACCACAACAACCGCGACUCCGGCGACGACAUCAUUGCCUCUUCCCACAAGGGCCCCGUCAUGGUCUACAUGGCCCCCACCGAGAAGGGCUCCGCCGGCUCCGGCUGGGUCAAGAUCGCCGAGGAGGGCUACAGCGGUGGCACCUGGGCCGUCGACACCCUGAUCGCCAACAAGGGCAAGCACUCCAUCACCAUCCCCGACGUCCCCGCCGGCGAGUACCUGCUCCGCCCCGAGAUCAUCGCCCUCCACGAGGGUAACCGCGCGAACGGUGCCCAGCUCUACAUGGAGUGCGUCCAGAUCAAGGUCACCUCCGACGGCUCCAGCACCCUGCCCGAGGGUGUCUCCUUCCCCGGUGCCUACACCGCCACCGACAAGGGUAUCCUGUUCGACAUCUACAACAGCUUCGACAGCUACCCCAUCCCCGGCCCCUCGGUCUGGGACGGUGCCUCCGGCUCCACUGCCGCCUCCACUGGCGCUGUCAAGGCCGAGACCUCCGCCGCUGCCUCCACCCCGGCUGCCACCUCGGCCGCCGCUCCCGUCGAGACCUCCGCUGCCGCUGAGACCCCCGCCACUUCUGCCCCGGCUACCACUGCCGCCCCCGUCGCUACCACCUCUGCUGCCGCUAACAACGGCGGCAACGUCGUCACUGAGACCGCCUACACCACUGAGGACGUCAUUGCCACCACUUUCGCUACCGUUACCGCCGGCCAGGCUUCCGCUACCCAGGCCGCCUCCUCUGGCUCUUCCUCUGGCUCCUCCUCGGGCACCGCCGGCAAAUACGCGCAGUGCGGGGGUACCAGCUACACCGGUCCUACCACCUGCGAAGAUGGCUGGACCUGCAAGGAGUGGAACCAGUGGUACAGCCAAUGCGUGGCUAGCGCUUAA